AUGGCUUCGUCGACGCCGACUUCGCCAAUUACGCCGGGCAUCAAUCCACUUCGAAGCGUCGCCUCUGCGGUCGCAUCUGUCACCGAGAAUGUCCUGAGUAGAGAUCUCCCUCCUGGCUUCUUCGCCGCCACAGCAGAAGCAACAAGCACAGCGCCCACCCUCGCCGAGAUCAGAAGAGGCAGCCUGGGAGAGAACAGGAGGAGUCAAAGCCAAACGAGAAGCAGGAGGAUAUCACGAGGAUCGAGAGACCUAGGCGACGGACCAAUCCCCGAACAUGACCAGAAUCUCAGGAGUAUUGGCUUGGAGGCGUUCCCAGCUUUGACCGAGGAACGCACGAAUGUCAGCGGCGAGAACUCAGCACGAGGCGACGCGAAGCCAUUGGUUGAAGAGGAGGAAGUUCGAGCUGGGACGGCCACAAUAGGUCAAACUCAAGGGACGCACGAUGGCGCGCAAAGUGUCAGGCCACUGAGACGCGGCGAGAAAGUCUACACAUCUGGCUACAUCCCGCCUCCCAAGCUGCCCUGGACCACUUCGACAGCAAUCGGGCUCAAGGCCUUCUGGAAAUGGUUUCUGACGCCUUUCGGGUUUUUAAUCACUAUCUACGGCUUAAACAUCGUCGCUUGGGGUGGAAUGCUUUUCCUUCUUCUGUGCAAUGCAAGUCCGGCCAUGUGCUGGACCUCUGACGGCAACGGCGGCAAGUUCUUCGACUGCAACGAUAUCAACAGCCCUCGCAGGAAAUGGAUCGAAUGGGACUCGCAAAUCUUGAACGCUUUAUUCUGCGUCACGGGCUUUGGACUUGUACCUUGGCGAUUCCGCGACUUGUACUAUCUGCUUUGCUUUCGAUUCGCAAACGGUCAAAAGCAGGGUCAGGCAAAGAAGAUGUUUGGGCUGCGCAAGCUGGCUGGUCACUAUCGCACCUGGUAUCGUCUGCCAGACUCUGACACGUUGAGUUCAACAAACGAGCAACCAGACGAGGUACUGGAAUCAGACUUGAGGAUACCUCUGCUUACCACCGAACGACCUGAAGAUCCCCUCACGGGAGUGCGAGCGCCACCGACCGCCAUCUGGAAGGUGGACUUCUUCAUCUGGUGCCAGGUUUGGAACACCAUCUUCCAAUGCUGUCUCGCUGGCUUCAUGUGGGGCAUGAACAGAUACGAUCGCCCAUCUUGGUCGACUGGUCUUUUCGUUGCCCUUGCCUGUAUUGUGGCAGGCGUCGGCGGCGUAGCGAGUUACAUCGAGGGCCGCAGAGUCAAACGGGUGGAAGCUCAGCAUGUGAAUCUGUUGGGCCUGUGA